AAUAACAAACUACGCGGGCAGGUACCAUACUUUCAAUUUCACCCUUUAGCAUCUUAUUUUGAUUUGUGUUACAACAACUUAGAGGGUCCAGUUCCACUUUUUCAUAGUAAUCUAAGAGUCAUAAAUCUCGGGAAUAAUAUGUUUUCUGGACCUAUUCCAAAAAACAUAAGUGAGUUAUUGCCCAAGUUGUCUUGGUUGGACCUCUCAUCAAAUUCAAUUACUGGUAGAAUUCCCUAUGCUAUAGGAAUGCUAAAGGAAUUGAAUGGCCUUAUUUUGGGAAACAAUUCCCUAUCUGGGAAACUCCCCCACUCAAUGCGACAUCUGAGUUCACUAAAUGUAUUGUCAUUGCCCCAAAAUUAUCUCGAGGGCGAGCUUCCCUCUUUCUUCAGAAAUUAUAGAAACUUGAAAAGCCUUGAUCUUGGAGGAAACAAAUUCUCUGGAAAACUUCCUGCAUGGAUGGGUGAAAGUUCACCAUAUUUACUGAGGUUAAGCCUAAGGUCCAACUUCUUUCAUGGGGACAUACCUAAAAAAUUUUGUCUUCUUCAAUAUCUUCAGAUCCUAGACCUUGCACACAAUGAUUUUUCGGGUGCAAUCCCUCAAUGUUUAGGAAGCUUGAGAAAUAAGCAAGGUGAUGAAGCUGUUUUUCCAAGAUAUGAUUACCAAAUGGUGCUGGUUUCUAAAGGAGUAGAAUAUCUAUAUGGUCAAUCUUUUUUUAAUCUUGUCUACUCUGUAGACCUUUCGAGUAACAAUUUAUCCGGAGAAAUACCUGAAAAUAUUACAAACUUCUCAGAGUUGUCCUUCAUGAAUUUAUCAAUGAAUCAUCUCACUGGAAGAAUUCCUGAAAAAAUUAGAAAUUUACAGCUACUAGAAUUACUCGAUCUCUCAAUGAAUGAGCUUUAUGGUCCUAUCCCUCAAAGCUUGUCUUCGUUGAAUUUCUUAAGUCACUUGAAUUUGUCAUUCAAUAACUUGUCUGGAAAAAUUCCAAGCGGGAAUCAACUUCAAACACUUAAUGACCCUUCUAUCUACAAAGGUAACUCUUUACUCUGUGGGCCUCCUCUUUCGACCAAAUGUUCAGAGGAUGAAACUAAACCUAGAAUAACACCAAAUGGUGGUAACAGAGUAGCCAACGAAAAUGGAAGGGACAUUGGGUCAUUCUCGUUCUACAUUAGCAUGGCAGCUGGAUUUAUUGUUGGAUUUUGGGGAGUUUGUGGCACACUGAUUAUUAAAAUGUCAUGGAGACAAGCUUACUUUCGAAGCUUUGAUAAUUUGAAAGACAAGAUUGUUUUGCUCGUUAUGGUCAAAAUUGUUCGCUUGCUAAGAAAGGUCAAGUUGGAGAAAAGUUGAGGAGGCUAUCGGCACCAUUGGAGCUUUCCUCAAUAUGCAUCAUUUAUAUAUUUUAUUGCAGGUGUGGGCUGUUACGUGUGCAUGGCUGAUGGCUGCAGUAGUUAUGAGUAAUUGACAGCAAGUUAUCCUUAUUGCUUUGGUGUUGUUAUUUCGUUGUAUUGUGUUGAGUCGUGUGUCAGUUGUAAUUCUUGUUAGUGAGGGACUAUAUUUUCUGCGUAUUCGUUUUUUAAAUAUUGCAUUGCCAUAGAAUAAGAAAGCAGUCAAGAAUU